AUGGAGUCAUCUUCGACAACAAUGGAAUCUUUGGAUCGAGUGACACAAAUGAUUGGAGAAGCGCUCAAAGAUUGCAGUAAUGAUUUUACAGAGUUGUACAACAACAAGAAUAAGAACUGUGGUCAUGUUGAGAAUUCUCAGGGCUCUGAUGAGGUCAAUUACAUCUUUGUUCAGAAAGCUUCGCCAACCAAGAAUACCUCAAAUGCUCAUCAAGCAAGCAACGAACAGGUUUCUGCUUGUAAACAACUUUCUCUUACUGAAGAACAUUCAAGUGUCACAUGUUGCCGUUCUCCAGAACGAGAAGUUCAACAUUCUCAACCUGUUGAUCAACCACACACAAGCUCUACACCUCCUCCUGCUCAACCUCCAAGCUCCUCUCGCUUCAAGCUUUCCAAGUUACUGAAAAACGGUUUCGAUUUAUUUAUCUCGAAAGAAAAUUUCAGUUCCACAUCUCAUGAUGACGAUUUUGACUGUCCCAAACCACAUUUAAGGAGCAAAACCAUUUCUCACACAAAAUCAGCUCCUGAAUUAAGCCGACCAGAGCCAACAACAUCAGAAACAACCUUGUCUUGCAACAACAAUGUGGCCACUCCUUCACAAUGCACAACCAUGAACGAUGUGACAUUAAUACAACCCACAGAAAGUACAAGUAACCCACUCGCAGAUUCUACUGCCAAUUCAUCUGUUUCAAACAUUGUGAAAUCCUAUUACAGUAUUGAGAAUAUUUUGGAUCAUCCUGAUGGAAGAUCUCUCUUGAGAGAAUUCAUGAAAAAGAGGUGCAACGAAGAGUUGUUCUUAUAUUUAGAGGUUGUUCGAGCUUUUGAAAAGAUCAUCAAACAGAGCGAGAAGUAUCGUCGAAGGAGCUCGUGCUGUGAUCCAGCAUCAACGACACCAUGCUCAGUCGUGAGUCCAUAUUCUCCAGUAGAUUCACCUCGAAUUUCAAACAUUCUCACAGCGACCAAUGCAGUUGUGUUGACCGAAGAAUUUCUCAAGCUUAAAGAAUUUAAACUCAUUUAUGAGCAAUUUGUGUCAUUGAAUAGUCCACACUGUAUGAAUAUUGAUCAUGCCAUGAGAGAUCGAUUGGAUGUAGUGUACAAACAAAUGAAUGAAAAAUCAAAUACGGAUGGACAACAAGUAGUUGGGAAUCAGUCAUUGGUUGGAAGAAGUGAGAUUUUGCUACAUACCAUGGCGAGUUCCAUGUUUGACAAGAUUUCAGAAAGUUUAAACAUGUUGCGAGUAACUAUUGAGCUUCAAUUUAAGAAUGAAAUUUUCCCUCAAUUCAAAAAGACUCAAGAAUUUCAGAAUUUGAUUCUAUCGAAAAUGAUCGAACAGUGCUCAGAGAAUACUAUGGCUUUAAAAGGCCGAGCUCUAAUUGAAAUGGUACUCGUGGAAUACCAAUUACAACAAGUUGCAAAAUUCUUUCGCAAGAGAAAACUCGUAACGAUGAGUCAAAUUCAAGAUUACUCGGUAGAAGAUUUUAAGAAUAUUGGAAUUUCAAAAAUCAGGCAUGUACAACGACUUUGUCAAAUGGUGAAAAACCACUUUUCCACAAGUAAAGUCCUUUAUUGA